AUACGGGGAAAAGUUCAGGGCGGAUUCCAAAUAAAGCCCGCCAGCCAUGCCGCAGCAGCUCGAGUACGACGAGCAGGGCUCGACUUUCUACUACUUUCUCAUCUCCUUCUACGGCCUGUUCCUCCUCCCAGCCACCUACUUUCUCUGGCCGUCCAGAAAGAAAGCGGCGGGGGAGACAGGUCUGGUAUGUCAGUGUGAUCCAUGUCGUCACAAGAGGGUUCGUCUGGAGGAAGAGCAGCCGAGAGAAACGCUAUGGAUUAUCACCAGAGUGGCUGUUAUAGCUGUCCUCUGGCUCCUCCUCGCCUUCAUGCUCUACAAGGUAUGUACUCGCCUUUUAACCUUUCCCCACUGGAGCGUUAACCCUUCUCCCACCAGGUGUUGACAGCGGAGGUGAGCUACGAGGAGUACGACCCAUUCUCAAUCCUGGAACUGAACUCGGACGCCACGAUGGGCGAGAUCAGGAAGCAGUAUCGCCGACUCAGCAAAGUGUAUCACCCUGACAAGCAGGGAGGAGAUCAGGACAUGUUCAUGAAGAUUGCCAAGGCUUACGAGGCGUUAACGGACGAGGUGUCCCGGGAGAACUGGAUAAAGUAUGGAAACCCUGACGGACCUCAGGCGGCAACGUUUGGCAUUGCCCUUCCUUCCUGGGUGGUGGAGAAACAGAACUCCAUCUGGGUGCUGGGACUCUACAUGUUGGUGUUCAUCAUCAUCCUGCCCAUUGCCGUGGGCACGUGGUGGUACAGGUCAAUCAAGUACACGACUGCCAACCUCCUGAUCCAGACCAGUCAGGUCUUCUUCCAUUACCUCUCUAAACCUCGACAACUCACCAUCAAAAGGCUCCUGAUGGUAAUGGCAGCUGCAUUUGAGUUCAACCCUCAGUACAGUAAACUCCUCCCACCUCGCCCCUCUGAUGAUGAGGAACUUACUGAGGUACGAGGAAUUCAAUUAUUAGUGAAUUAGUUUACAGAGCUCUCUCUCUCUCUCUGCAGUUGAUCCACUCCAGAGACCUCCCCCACCUCACAGUCAAGGUGAAGGAGCCUGUUCUACGAGAACCAUGGGCUGUCAAGACCUCUAUUCUAAUUCACGCCCACCUCGGGAAGGUCGGGUUGCCCCCGGCAACACUCCGUCCAGACCAGAAGACGGUGCUGAAGGUAUGUCCAAGACUGAUUAACGAGAUGAUAAACAUCCUCAACCAGGUCUGGAUCUAUGCUAGAUAUAGACCAAGUCCGCAGGUGUCGACUCCGCCCAGCCAGGACGUGUACGAGAGUGUGAUGAGGAUGAGUCAGAUGGUGGUGCAGCAGACGUGGGACAGAGAGUCUGUCGUGUUGCAACUGCCCCACAUUCAGACAGACAUGCUCCGCCACUUCAGAACAAGACGAAGGAACAUCACAACUGUAGAGGAGUUUGUAGCAAUGAAGAAUGCCGACAGACGGUCGCUGGUUCGAGCCAUCUCUGACGAGGACUAUCUCGAUGUCAUGGCAGUCUGCUCCUCCUUCCCUCACGUCACCAUUUCCACUGAGACGCAGGUAAUGGACGAUGAUGACAGGCACAAGGUAACGGCUGGCUCCAUGGUAACCGUGACUGUUACUCUCGAGAGGGUGGGGCUUUUGGAGAAGUACAAAGUAGAUCAAGAGAGUCUUCUGGGUAGUGGUACAGUAUCGCUGGAGGAAGAGGAUGACCCUGUCAUUAAUCACAAUAAUACGGUGGUGGAGAAUGUUGGAGCGGGGGAGAAAGGCAAGUCACAGAGACCUUCGUGGGAGAAGAACAAGAAGAAGAAGAAGGGGAAGGGGGGAGGGGGGAAAGUUGUGAGGAGGAGAGUGGGGAAGAAGGGGAGGGAGGGGAAGGAGAAGGAGGAGACUGAGCACGAAGAACCAGAGGAACCCAUGGAGGAAAAGAGUGGCAGUGUAUCAGAGGAGGAAGGAGGGGAGAGGGAGAGUGAGGGUGAGGUGGAGGGGGGAGGGAAGGGUGAGGAUGAGGAAGAGGAAGAGUGGCAGUCUCUACAGGAGACCAUGAAGAUACAGCAACAGAAGAAAAAGGAGCUGGGAGUCAACAAGGAGAGCCAUCCCGUACACGCCCCCUUCUUCCCUGAGGUGAAGCAGGAAGGGUGGUGGUUGUACAUAGCAGACAAGAGGAGGAAGGAGAUAGUGGUGCUGCCUCAGAGGGUGCAGGGCCUCAAGUCGGAACUGACUCAAGACCUCCAGUUCCAGGCUCCGGAGAAGCCCUGUGUUCUCCGUUACACUGUUAUCCUCACGUCAGACUCAUACCUCAACCUGCAGUUCUCCACUGAGCUCAAGAUUGAUGUGAGUCAGCGUGUGGAGGUGAAAGGUCGUAGCCAGUGGGCGGAGCUAGAGCAAGAGGAGGAGGAAGAGGAGGCGUUCGAGGAAACGGAAUCCGAAGGUGACUUCAGCGACUUGUCGGACUCUGACUCAUAGCCACACCCCAUUGUUAUAUACUUCAAUCAGUUCUCAUGGCAACUAUCAUUCUGGG